CUUUUAACAAUGACUUCGGUGGAUGUCAAACAACUGUUUAGUCGUGGUCAUUUGAUACUCUCGCAUGUGCGAUCACAUCUCAAUGCUCAAUCCACUCGCACGCUAUUGUGUCUGGGCUUUUGGAGCCGGCUUAAUCUGGUCCAUACCAAAGAUGUGUUGUCUGUUAGUGCACUCGCUGACAUGAAAGGUGACGACAUCGAGAUGGAUGAUGGCUGGGACAUGAUUGAGUUGUAG